AUGACAUCAAGCAUAAUGUUAUGCUAAAUAAGCUUUUAGCACUCAUUCGGAUUCAAAUAGCAGUAAUACUUUAUUGCUUUUCAGUAGAAAUCUCUGGUAAGAGUUGAGUACUGAGAUAGAAAGGGAGGAUAUGAAACGGAUACAAUAUUGCAAGAGUUUGUUACAAACUUGCCACUUCCGAGUUUACGCCCUGCAACAUCGUUUAAAUCAUAGUGUUGGAGCGCUGUUCAAACGUGGUUUUUCCACUGCUGCCGUGAUGCGCACGUACGACAUUAGCAAGGCUGAACCAUUGUCCAAGGAGCAGAGGAGAUUAUGUUUCGAUACUCACGCUCUAGUUCUAGAGCUGGAGAAUAAUGGUUUUCAAAAAGAACAAGCAGAGGCUGUAGUCACAAUAUUAGCAAAUUUAACCUGUGCUAAUAUGGAAUCCACGUACAGGGACAUGGUAACCAAGGCACAGCAGGAAAUAAUGCUGCAACAAAUCAUGGCCCAUUUAGACUCCAUAAGAAAGGAUAUGGUUAUUCUGGAGAAAAGUGAAUUUUCUAACCUGAGGAUGGAAAAUGAGAAAAUAAAAAUUGAGUUGGAGCACCUAAAACUACAGCUUUUGGAUGAAGUUAAGAAAAUCAGAAACGAUACAAAACUGGACAUGAACUUAGAGAAGAGCAGAAUUAUGGAUACGUUUAGAGAGCAAGAGAAGCUGUUAAUGACAUCUAGAAAUGAAUUUACUGAAUUGAACUCAGACACAGACCGUGCCAUCACCGAAACAAACAAAAAAAUUGACACCGAUGUGGCUUCACUUAAGACCAUGUUGGAAUCACUUAAACUAGAAACAAUGAGGUAUCUUGCAGCAUCGGUGUUCAGUUGCCUAGCAAUAGCCUUAGGAUUUUAUCGAUUGUGGCAAAAAUAGCAAAUGAAAGAUGAUCUUCAGCAACAAGCAACUUAGUGGAACUUAACUAUCGUGAAGAUAAUUCCAUAAAAAAAUUGGGAUUUUUCUUGAAAGAAUGAUUGUUGAUCUAUGUUUUUAGGAAAGUCACUUAUGUUCCAUUUAAUGUUAAUUGUGUUUACAAAUGAUUCCAAAACCUGGAUAGUGAGUUGAGACACAAUUCUAUUUAUUUGUUGUAACAUUCUCAUACAAACUGACUUUGGCUGUUCUUAGCCCAUUGCUGGUGAGAGUGGGAUCAUGGUGCAAAACUGACCUUCAACAGCUUCUUUAUGCACAUGGGAUGUGUUGUGAUAUUCAGCAUUUGGUGCUGCUUUCAGGCUAUGUUUCUGGCCUCUUGUGUUGUCCAGCUGAGUUUGUUAUGCUGAAUGCUGUUGCUUGGUUGUUCAGCAAAUAAUGUAAUCUUGAACAGAACUAUUUUUUUACUUGCAAUAUUGAUUUAAAUUGAUGAAAUUUGGAAUUGAUGAAUGUGGCAAGUGUCCAGGUAAUUAUGUAAAGUGAUAUGAGGAACUAGAUAGCCAACUAUUUUGUCAUUAAGCACUAUUUCAUCCACAUAUUCCUGUUACUGUUUGUGCUGAACAAUUGUAGCAAUUAAACCAUUUAUUCUCUGGAAAAUUUAAAGGAUAAACAAUUAAUAACAAUUUCUAAAAGUUACCUGGUAUAAAGAAAAUCACUAAGUAAAGUCAAUUUUGAAUUAUCACAUGAUGAGA